CAUGGUGGUUAGGGCCUUAUAAUAAAGCUGGAUUUCUCCUGAAAAAAGAAAAAUAAUUUCUGGGGGAACCGGAGUCUCAGUCUCAGCCGAGAGGUGGGGAGCUCUCUGCAGGGACCCGGCAGCAGGGUGGGGCAGAAUUCCAAAGCAAACUGCGAAGAAGGGCCAGCAGUGUCCUUCCUAGGCCUGCCUGCCUGGCCUUCUCGGCUGGAGACCCCAGGCACCGCUGGAAGCAGCGCCAGACAGGCAGGCCCCAGCGAAGGUCUUCCUGUCCCUCCCCCGGGCUCCUGGCAGGCUGCAGCACGGCCGCCUGACCAGUCCAGAGCCCUCCAAGGGACUGCCCGGUGCCCCAAGCACUGGCCCUGCUGCCCUGCCGCAUCUCUGCCUUCCUCUCUGUGACACAGGUGGGCUGGCCAGGUGAGGGCCGCUGGCAGGUGGGCCUGGCCUUGGAGGACGGGCCGGCUCUGGGCGCUGCCCCUGUGGGAGGCCUCCCGGAUGGGGUGUCCGAGGGGACACUGCUCAACAUGGUGCUGAGGAGGAUGCACCGGCCUCGGAGCUGUUCCUACCAGCUGCUGCUCGAGCACCAGCGCCCCAGCCGCAUCCAAGGCCUUCGUUGGACCCCACUCACUGACAGCGAGGAAUCCCUGGAUUUCAGUGGGAGCUUGGAGCAGGCCUCCCCGGAGCGGGUGCUCAGAGCUGGCAAGCAGCUGCAUCGGCAUCUCCUGGCCACCUGCCCCAACCUUAUCCGAGACAGAAAGUACCACCUGAGGCUCUAUCGGCAGUGCUGCUCAGGCCGGGAGCUGGUGGAGGGGAUCCUGGCCCUUGGGCUUGGGGUCCAUUCUCGGAGCCAAGCUGUGGGAAUCUGCCAGGUGCUGCUGGAUGAGGGUGCCCUCUAUCAUGUGAAGCACGACUGGACCUUCCAAGACCGAGACACCCAAUUCUACCGCUUCCCAGGGCCAGAGCCAGACCCUGCCAGGGCUCGGGAGCUGGAAGAAGAGCUGGUGGAGGCGGUGGCCCUCCUCUCCCAGCGGGGGCCCGAUGCCUUACUCACGGUGGCACUUCGAAAGCCCCCAGGGCAGCGCACGGACGAGGAACUGGACCUUAUCUUCGAAGAGCUGCUCCACAUCAAAGCUGUGGCCCAUCUCUCCAACUCGGUGAAGCGGGAAUUAGCAGCAGUCCUGCUCUUUGAACCGCACAGCAAGGCAGGCACCGUGCUGUUCAGCCAGGGCGACAAGGGCACCUCGUGGUACAUCAUCUGGAAGGGGUCGGUCAACGUGGUGACCCACGGCAAGGGACUGGUGACCACACUGCACGAGGGCGAUGACUUCGGGCAGUUGGCUCUGGUGAACGACGCACCCCGGGCAGCCACCAUCAUCCUGCGAGAAGACAACUGCCACUUUCUCCGUGUGGACAAGCAAGAUUUCAACCGCAUCAUCAAGGAUGUGGAAGCCAAGACCAUGCGGCUGGAAGAACACGGCAAAGUGGUGUUGGUGCUAGAGAGGACGUCUCAGGGCUCUGGCUCUUCUUGCCCCCCAACUCCAGGCAGGAACCGGUAUACAGUGAUGUCUGGCACCCCGGAGAAGAUUCUAGAACUGCUGUUGGAGGCCAUGAGGCCCGAUUCCAAUGCUCAUGACCCAACAGAGACAUUCCUCAGCGACUUCUUGCUGACCCACAGUGUCUUCAUGUCCAGCUCCCAGCUCUGUGCUGCCCUCCUGCACCAUUUCCACGCGGAGCCGGCAGGCGGCAGUGAGCAGGAGCGCAGCACCUAUAUCUGCAACAAGAGGCAGCAGAUCUUGCGGCUGGUGGGCCGGUGGGUAGCCCUGUAUGGCUCCAUGCUUCACACGGAUGCUGUGGCCACCAGCUUUCUGCAGAAACUCUCUGACCUGGUGAGCAGGGACGCCCGGCUCAGCCACCUGCUGCAGGAGCAGUGGCCAGACCGGCGACGCUACCACCGGUUGGAAAAUGGCUGUGGGAACGCGUCUCCUCAGAUGAAGGCUCGAAACAUAUCCAUUUGGCUUCCCAGCCAGGACGAGCCCCUCCCCAGCAGCAACUGUGCCAUCCGAGUUGGGGACAAAGUCUCCUACGACAUCUGCCGGCAGGACCACUCGGUGCUGAGCCUGCAGCUGCCUGUGACGGCCUCCGUCAGGGAGGUGAUGGCCGCACUGGCCCAGUGCGAGGGCUGGACCAAGGGGCAAGUGCUGGUGAAGGUCAACUCAGCAGGGGAUGCCAUUGGCCUGCAGCCAGAUGCCCGCGGUGUGGCCACAUCCCUGGGUCUCAACGAGCGGCUCUUUGUUGUCGACCCACAGGAUAUGCAUGAGCUGACCCCACACCCCGAGCAACUGGGGCCCACUGUGGGCUCUGCCGAGGGCCUGGACCUAGUGAGUGCCAAGGACCUAGCAGGGCAGCUGACAGAACAUGACUGGAGCCUCUUCAACAGCAUCCACCAGGUGGAGUUGAUCCAUUACGUGCUGGGCCCCCAGCACCUGCGGGAUGUCACCACUGCCAACCUAGAACGCUUCAUGCGCCGCUUCAACGAGCUGCAGUACUGGGUGGCCACGGAAUUGUGUCUCUGCCCUGUGCCCGGCCCCCGGGCCCAGCUGCUCAGGAAGUUUAUCAAGCUGGCAGCCCACCUCAAGGAGCAAAAAAAUCUCAACUCUUUCUUUGCUGUCAUGUUUGGUCUCAGCAACUCCGCCAUCAGCCGCCUGGCCCACACCUGGGAGCGUCUGCCCCACAAAGUCAGGAAGCUGUACUCAGCCCUCGAGAGGCUGCUGGACCCUUCGUGGAAUCACCGGGUGUAUCGACUGGCUCUCACCAAGCUUUCCCCGCCCAUCAUCCCCUUCAUGCCCCUUCUUCUUAAAGAUAUGACCUUCAUCCAUGAGGGGAACCACACCCUGGUGGAGAAUCUCAUCAACUUCGAGAAGAUGAGAAUGAUGGCCAGAGCUGUGCGGAUGCUUCACCACUGCCGGACUCACAGCAACGUGCCUCUCUCGCCGCUCAGAAGUCGAGCCUCCCACCUGCACGAGGACAGCCAGGUGGCAAGGAUUUCCACAUGCUCGGAGCAAUCCCUGGGCACCCGGAGUUCAGCCAGCACCUGGGCUUAUGUCCAACAGUUGAAGGUCAUCGACAACCAGCGGGAACUGUCCCGCCUCUCCCGGGAGCUGGAACCUUGAGGAGGGAGCUGGGACUGGAGCAAGCACUUUCUGCCAGGAAAACCAGGGCCGGCCCGGGCCAAGCCAAGGGGCCGCAGGCUGGCCACAGCUGGACAGGGCUCUCCGCAGAAUGGACUCGAGGCCCUGGAGCAGGUCAAGUGAAAGCAGCAGUCCCCUGUGAUGACAGGCAGCCAAGGAGGACCCCAGAGUGUACUGAGCUGGGGCCCAAGGCCAAGGAAUGGGGGACAGAGAGGCUGUGGAGUGGGUUGGAAAGCAGAGCAGGCGCUGGGACUCUGUUCAAUAGAGAACUCUCCACACCAGGUUUUUCCCA